AUGGUAGAGGAUAGUACUGAUAAUCGUGAGAGUCACAACGUGCAGAUUGGCGAGACGAAUCCAUUUCUAUUUUCUGGAUCUCAAGUGAUUGAUGGUUAUGGUUGUCAGAUGGUGGUUACAUCAGUUGGCAUGAAGGCAAAAUGGUGCAAAAUCUUGAAUCAACAUAGUAGCAAGUCUAGUGAUCGGGAAACCACAGUGGAAGAGCGAGUGAACAGGUUUACUUACUCAAUACGUAUCAAGAUUGGUCUGCCAAUUGCCAUCAUAGGUUUUGUAAUCAUGCUCGGCAGAUACAUUUUUGGGAAAGCCACAAACAUUUAUGGACGGCGGGAAGAUUUUAUGUCUGGUCUUGCUGAUGAUAAUUAUAAAUAUUUGGAUUCUUCACUUGUGCAAUUUGUAACAAUUGCCUUUACCACUAUUGUGGUUGCAAUUCCAGAAAGCUUGAGAUUUGGUGUGCAACUUACUAUCUUUUUUUCAAAGAAGAGAACGAUGGGUGACAUGCAAAUGGUGAUAGAUUUCUCCGAUUCUGAGACUAUGGGAUCUAUCACCGCCAUUUGUACCAACAAGACAGGCACGCUAACCAUGAACCAAACCAAGGUCACGAAGUUUUGGCUUGGCCAAUGCUCUUUGGAAAAAGAAGCUUACUUUUCAAAUGUUUCUAAUAUUGUUCAAAACUUGUUACAAGAGGGAAUUGCUCUGAAUACAAGUAGUGCUAGAAAUAGUACUCCAACUGAUAAAGCAAUUCUUUCAUGGGCUAUUCACGACUUGCAUAUAGAUAUGAAAGUGAAAAGUAGGUGCGCAAUUCUUCGUCACUGCGUUUGUCAUGAUCAAGAGGCUGCAGCUUUCAGUUCACAGUCACUAUCACUGUCACAGUCACAGAAGAAGAAAUUACGAAGUGGGAUUUUGAUGAAGAGGAUGGCAGACAACACAGAGCAUGUCCAUUGGAAAGGAGAAGCAGAGAUGAUUCUAGAAAUGUGCUCAAGCUACUACGACCAGUCCGGGACCAUUAAAGAUCUCGACGAUAGACAAAAAGAGGACUUCGAUCGAAUCAUUCAAGGUAUGACGGAGAGCAGCCUCCAGUGCAUCGCGUUUGCUGGCGUUGGAGUUGAUUCAGAUGGAAAUCAUCAUUAA